AUGAAACACACCCAGUACACGUUCUUGGUGAUCCUUCUUUCCUUCGUCGACCAUUGCCGGGCGCAGCAUUCGUGUGCAGUAGAGUCUUUCGCUGUGAAGGAAAAUUUUGACCUCCAGAGGUAUUUAGGCAAAUGGUAUGCCCUGGCGAAGAAAGACCCCGAAGGCCUGUUUCUACAAGAUAACAUCUCAGCCGAGUACACGAUCGAGGAGGAUGGCACUAUGGUUGCAUCUUCCAAAGGCAGAGUGAAACUUUUUGGAUUUUGGGUGCUCUGUGCAGACAUGGCAGCUCAGUACUCAGUGCCUGAUCCCAAGACGCCAGCAAAAAUGUUCAUGACUUAUCAAGGCCUGGCAAGUUACUUGUCCAGUGGAGGAGACAACUACUGGGUGAUCGACACCGACUACGAUAACUAUGCCAUCACUUAUGCCUGCCGGACUCUGAAAGAGAAUGGGACCUGUGACGAUGGCUACUCCAUCAUUUUCUCCCGCAAUCCUCGGGGUCUCCCCCUGGCCGUUCAGCGCAUCGUGCGUCAAAAACAGGAAGAGAUCUGCAUGUCAGGCCAAUUCCAGCCAGUGCUACAAUCAGGUGAGUCGAAACGUUGAGAAGGAAUG